CAAAUUGGGCUUAGUCAGAUCAUCCACGAUCCGGGUCGCAGUGAAUCGCCUCUGUUGCUCGUUUUGUUUUUUGCCACCCAUUCCGUAACACGCAUCAUCAGGAGUUCUUCGUGGCGGCUGAUUUAGUGUGGCAAGAAGGCUAACUUGAUGGUUGGAACUUGGAAGUCUUCUUCCUCUCAGAGCUAUUCCUCAGGGUUCCGUCGUCUGUAAUCUUGAGCACCAUGUUGGUGAUCGUGGCGUUUUGGCUAGGGCUUCUGGUGACACUGCUAUUGUUAUCAGUCACAACCCUGAUAAUGGAAUACCAGGCUGUAAGUGGCGCACUUCAUUGUGCUUGCAAGAGAUUUUAGAUUCAAUGCAUCCCUUUUUCUGCCCAUUGGUGUAGUCUUUUUUUGAGAAUAUAAGAAGCGUAGAAGUGUAAGUAGUCCAUCCUGAUUGUGAUUACCAAGUGACAUUCUCGACCACAAGGGCACAUUCUCAAAAUUUAUGAAUGCAUGAAGCUGGCUCAUUUUUCACCUCUCACUUCUGUCAGAUUGUUAUGUGCUGCAGUAACAUCAUUUGAAUAUCCCGCUGUAAAGUUCGAAUUUCUCAGGCGGUAUUCGUCUUCAGCUCUUCAUCUAAACUCAUACUUUGACAAUGACAUACUCGGCCAUACCUUCAAUCCUGACUGGUUUUAUGGAUCUCUCAUUGACAAUUCAAUCCAAAAGGUUCAGUUAAAUCAAAUUCAUGCCCAAUUAUUGGUUUCUGGAUUGUGCGAGAGUGGGUUUCUGGUAACAAAAUUAGUCAAUGCGUGCUCAAAUAUUGGGGACAUCUGCUAUGCACGCAAGAUAUUCGAAGAAUUUUUUGAACCGGAUGUGUUCUUGUGGAAUGCAAUUGUUAGGUGUUAUUCUAGGCAUGGUUUGUUUGCUGCUACUCUUGCUAUGUAUUCAAGGAUGCAACGGGCCUGGGUAAGUCCGGAUAGCUUUACUUUCCCCAUUGUGCUCAAAGCUUGCAGUGCUUUGGCUGCACUUGAGAUGGGCAAGCGGGUGCAUGGGCAGGUAUUCAGGCAUGGUUUUGGAUCCGACGUAUUUGUCCAGAACGGGCUUGUGGCUUUUUAUGCCAAAUGCAGCCAAAUCAGGCAUGCUAGGAUUGUGUUCAAUGGGUUAUGUGAUAAGACCAUCGUUUCCUGGACUGCUAUCAUUUCUGGGUAUACCCAGAAUGGUCAUCCUAUUGAGGCCUUAAGAAUUUUUAGUCAAAUGAGGAAAAUGAAUGUUAAACCUGAUUGGAUUGCUCUUGUGAGCAUUCUCCGAGCUUACACUGACAUAGAGGACUUGGAACAGGGGAAAUCUGUGCAUGGUUGUGUGAUCAAAAUGGGUCUUGACUUGGAACCUGAUCUGUUGAUUUCGCUCACUGCCAUGUAUGCAAAAUGCGGUCAAGUGGCAGUAGCCCGAUCCUUUUUUGAUAUGAUGAAGGUACCAAACGUAAUUUUGUGGAAUGCCAUGAUUUCUGGUUAUGCGAAGAAUGGCUAUGCUGAGGAAGCUGUUGAUCUUUUUCAUGAUAUGGUGUCUAAGAACAUAAAAGCUGAUGCUGUCACUUUAAGUUCUAGUAUUUUAGCUUGCGCCCAAUUGGGUUCUCUUAAAUUGGCUAGGGGGAUGGAGGAUUAUGUCAGUCGAAGUGAGUAUAGAGAUGAUGUUUUUGUUAGUACUGCCCUCAUUGAUAUGUAUGCAAAAUGUGGAAGUGUAGAUUCAGCUCGUGUUGUCUUUGAUAGAAUGCUUGAUAAGGAUGUUGUUGUCUGGAGUGCCAUGAUUGUGGGAUAUGGACUGCAUGGUCGAGCUCAAGAAGCCAUUGAUCUCUUUCAUGCGAUGAAGCAAGUUGGUGUAUGCCCAAACGAUGUCACCUUUAUUGGACUCCUCACUGCCUGCAAUCAUUCAGGUCUGGUUGAAGAUGGAUGGCAGCUAUUCCACUGCAUGAGAGACAGUGGUAUUGAGCCGCGCCAUCAGCAUUAUGCUUGUGUAGUUGAUCUUCUUGGACGUGCGGGCUGUUUGGGUCAAGCGUUUAGGUUCAUCAUGAACAUGCCAAUUGAACCAGGUAUAAGUAUAUGGGGAGCACUUCUGAGUGCAUCCAAGAUCCAUCGCCAUGUAGCAUUGGGAGAAUAUGCUGCAGAACGCCUUUUCUUUUUAGACCCAUAUAAUACAGGACAUUAUGUGCAGUUGUCGAAUCUGUAUGCAGCAGCUCGCAUGUGGGAUCAGGUUGCCAAAGUACGGGUAUUGAUGAGGGAGAAAGGACUUAAUAAGGAUCUUGGGCAUAGUUUGAUCGAGGUUAAUGGGAAACUUGAAGCAUUUAGAUUUGGAGACAAGUCACAUCCAAGAUCUAAGGAAAUCUUUGAGGAGCUCGAGCAAUUGGAGAGAAGAUUAAAGGAUGCUGGAUUUGUUCCACAUAGAGAAUCCGUUCUGCAUGAUCUGAAUGAAGAAGAGACUGAGGAGACACUAUGCAAUCAUAGCGAGAGAAUAGCAAUUGCUUACGGGCUUAUUAGUACAGCCCCUGGGACAACACUUAGAAUAAAUAAGAAUCUUAGAGCCUGUGUGAAUUGUCAUGCAGCAACGAAGCUUAUAUCCAAGCUUGUCAAGAGGGAGAUAGUUGUCAGGGACGCGAAUCGAUUUCAUCAUUUCAAGGAUGGAAGUUGUUCUUGUGGAGAUUACUGGUGACAAGGAUAGCUUGUUCUUCUCAUUCUUCAAAACUUCUUUGUCAUAUAUUGCCUUCACAAUUAUAAAUUUCCAUCCUCGUUUGAAGGGGUCGCAUAUCAUUAUUACUCAAUUGACUUUAUAGUCAAACUGUAAGCUUCGUCCCAGUUUCCAUCAUUGGAGGCAUUGCACCAGCUUUUCAGUUGAUGUCAUCGCAGAAUUAGAUCUAUGAUUGUGCUUUUUCAUAGAAAAUUAUUCAGAGGCAUUCAGCAUUUGAGAUGGGAGGAGACAGAGUCAGACUGUGAUCUGGUGAUUCCUAAAAGAAGUUGAAAAGUGUAUAAUUUCUCAGACAAAAAAGUGUAAUGAAGCAUAACACAAGGUUCUUAAGGGAUAAUUAGAAAGCCAUGCAUCACCCUCAACAUGGUAAACCCCGAUAAAAGGUUUAGCCUCUUUAUCUGUUAUAACUCCUGAGCAUGGCACCUUCCAGAAUCUAUAGGCACCACAGGUUCUCCCAAGUGGCCGAGCUCAGAUACGUGUGGUGGCUCGACAUCAAAGCAAGGAUAGAGACUAAAGUCCUGUCUGCUUAUUUUGUAUUCAAGCUUGUUGAAUCAAGACAUGGGUUCAAAUGUUCAACCACACCCCAGUAGAGUUGUGUCAAUCAUCAGCUGCAAAUAAUUAAUCGAUCUCUCAUAGAGUGUGUGAAA